AUGGUUAAACAAGAAUGGGAUUCACCACUUUCCAAUAGAAAUGUGGCACUUAUUUAUUGGAGAAAACCCGAAGAAUGGGCAUCAUUAAUUGAUAAAUGGGUAUUUGAUUGUGGAUUAAAUAAUUCUAUAGUAACAAUAUAUGAAAUUUUACAUGGAGAAUCUAGUGAAGGGAUGGAAUUUCAUGAUUUGAAUCAAACAAUUCUAUUAAAAGCAUUAGACAUAUUAGUAAAACGAGGAGCUGCACAAUUACUUCAAGGAUCAAGUGCUGAUGAUUUAGGUGUAAAAUUUUUUGGAAUUAAUGUUGUUACUAUUCAUCUUCAUCAUCUUUGA